AUGGCAGAGAGGAAGAGAGCCAAAACUACUUCAACUUGCAGCCCUCUGGCCACCGUUGAAGAGAUUCAGAGACGCCUCGUUCGACCUUCCUCUACCUCCAUCUCUCCGCCACCGACCUCAACAUUCUCAUUGCCGGAUGAUUUUCAAAGCUGCCACAUGGCCCCUGACUCUUCGCAAUUCAAGUUGAGAACGACGACGAAGAAGCUCGAAGAUUACUUGGAUUCGGUCCUGCUCUCUCAGAUCUCUUCCAAGCUGAGUCGCGCGAAGAAGGUUCCAGGGACGAAGUUGCAGGAGAAAGAGGUGAAGGAUUUUGAGUGGCCGAUCGACGAAUUGAAGGUGUUGGCUGAUUCGGACAAGGAUGAUGUGAAUCUCAAGGAAGAUUUGGAUCUGAUUGAGGAAUUUGGGGACCGCGAUGUUGAAUCUUGCACUCCGUUUCGGCGUUUCGAGCAAAUUACCGCGCGGCGUUUCAAAGGGUGA